AUGAGCGAGAUACGCAACCAAACAUUGCGGCCUGUCAGCAUGGCCGACUCAGAAAAGACAGCUGCCCGUAGCGUGGGCGAGCUCGAUAAGAAAGAUAUGGGUGUUGGCGAAAGCGGUCUGCCUUCUGCUGCGGCUUCUGUGCAUGAGCAAAUCGCCGGAGAGAAGCAGCCCGAGGUUAACGAAAAGCGAAACUCAAGAAGCAGCGACAUUGAAGACGAAGACAACUUUGAAUACCCCACCAAAUGGAAGCUCGCUAUCAUCACAUUAGCGCUAUGCCUUUCAGUCUUCUGCAUGGCUUUAGACAACACCAUCAUCGCAACAGCCAUUCCUCGCAUCACUGAUCAGUUCAAGGCUCUCAAUGAUGUUGGCUGGUAUGGAUCGUCUUACCUACUGACAACUUGUGCGACACAACUCCUUUACGGAAAAUUUUACACCUACUACUCGAUUAAAUGGGUCUACAUCAGCGCCUUGUUCAUCUUCGAAGUCGGUUCCCUCAUCUGCGGUGUUGCGCCGAACUCGACGACUCUGAUUAUUGGCCGCGCUAUCGCUGGUGUAGGAGCUGCUGGUAUUUUCAGUGGCGCCAUUCUCAUCAUUGCAAGCACUGUCCCUCUGCGACAACGACCUGCCUACAUGGGCUUGAUCGGCGGCAUGUACGGUAUCGCGUCGGUCGCCGGACCUUUGAUGGGCGGAGCCUUUACCGAUCAUCUGACUUGGCGUUGGUGCUUCUACAUUAACCUGCCCCUCGGUGCAGUCACCGCCGCGUUUAUUAUCCCGUUCUUUACCAUUGAACGUCGCGGCAAGAAGAAUGAAGCCACCUUCAAGGAGCAGGUCAAGAAGUUCGACCUUGAAGGCACUGCGCUGUUCUUGCCUGCUAUCAUCUGUUUGCUGCUUGCUCUGCAGUGGGGUGGAAGCAAGUAUGCAUGGGGCAGUGGUCGCAUUAUUGCUCUCCUUGUCUUGUUCGUUGUGCUCAUUGGUGGCUUCAUCGCUAUUCAAUGGUGGAAGCAAGAGGAUGCUACCGUGCCUCCUCGUGUAUUCCUCAACCGUAACGUCUGGGGAUCGGCCUUGUUUGGAGCUAUGCUCGGCGCCUCCUUCUUCGUCAUGGUCUACUUUCUUCCAAUCUGGUUCCAAGCCGUGAAAGGGGUCUCCGCGACCAAGUCUGGCAUCAUGAACCUCCCAGCUAUCCUCGGCCUUGUCAUCAUCUCCAUGCUGGCUGGUGGUCUUGUCACCUACACCGGCUACUACACACCGUUUAUGCUGCUCUCAUCCGUUCUGAUGGCUGUUGGAGCUGGUCUCCUAACGACGUUCGAGACAGAUACAGGCGCAAGCGCAUGGAUAGGCUACCAGUUCAUGUUUGGUGCUGGUGUCGGAUUCGGGAUGCAGCAAAUUCUUAUUGCGGUCCAGACGGUCCUCCCAGCAGACGACAUUCCUAUCGGCACUGCUACCAUGAUGUUCAGUCAGACUCUUGGUGGCGCACUCUUCAUCUCGGUCGCCCAAAACGUGUUCACCAACCAACUCAUCAAGAAUCUCAACAGCGUGGUGCCCGAGCUCGACUCAAGCCUCGUCCUGGUUGUGGGUGCGACUGAGCUCAAGAACGCGAUCGAACAACGCUUCCUUCCUGGCGUGCUCUCGGCCUACAACCUCGCCUUGACUCAGACAUUCUACGUGUCGGUUGCUGCAGGCGCAGUGUCGAUCAUCGGCGCUGCUUUUGUGGAGUGGAAGAGCAUGAAGGGCAAGAAGAUCGAGAUGGCGAUGGCGUAAAGGACCAGCAAGAGGCAGCACCAUUGCUGACUAGACUUGCAUGUUACCUUCGUGUCGCUUGACGUCUUUGUAUGAUACCCAUGUUUCACGACCAGCACCAACGAGCGGGCGCUGUGUGGUCCCCUGGAC